GGAGAAAGAGAGAGACGAACAGGACAAGAUGAGGACCGCGGCUGCAGCAAUGGACGAAUCGACAAUGGGAUGGGAAACGGCAGACGACAGGACACCACCGAGGAAGAGCGAAGAGGCAUGAGAGAGAAGGAUCAGGAGACGUGCUGCAUCGCCCCAACAUGGAGGCGUAGCGACAGUAGCAUGCAUUAAAUGAGAUCAUACCAUUGUAGCCUAGCAGCAGCAUCAUCCGUCCUUCCAGCCUGAGCGGAGGAGAGGAGGAGACAGCAGGAGAGAUGGGCUCCCAGGUUGUGCAGACCCUGCGUCAGGGAGUGUGGGCAUCUGUGACCGGGGGCUGGUACCACGACCCGGACCAGAAUAAAUUCAACAACUCCUGCCACCUCUAUCUGUGGAUAUUCCUCCUGAUGUUGCCCCUGUCUCUCCAUCUGGCCCUGCCCCCUACCACCAUGGCUUUGAGCAUCUACUGCAGCUCCAUCACCGUCUUCUUCAUCCUCAUCAAGGUGGCCAACUAUCGGCUGCACCUGAUGUUCGACGAGGGCGAGGGAGUGGUCCGCAGCAGCCUCUCUGAUCUCAGCAAGGCUCCGGAGAAGAAGAGUAAUGCCUCGGACUCCUGCCUGCCCACCAGCAUCAGGAAGAGCAGUACAGUCCCCGACAGCGUUGCCAUGACGAUGUUGGCUCGGAAACGUACCAGUCCGGUGAUCCAGGUGACAGUGAAACAGACUGAAACUGACCCAGGACUAAUAGGGGUGGACUGUUCGAAGUCAGACGAGGGGAAGACUGCAGAAGGACAGGGUGAUUGUGCAGCAGAGGAGAGGCCUGUGCAGGGAAUCCUGAACCCGAGCCCUUCUCCAGAUGACCUCUCCAGCCCCAAUCCAGACCAGGCCGCUCCCCUGCUGCAGGCCCAGCAGAGGACCCCGUCCCGGGCUGAAAGGGAAGAGAAGCGGCCUAGAUCUGGGAGCGGGACAGGGAAAAUGGACGCAGAAAUAAUUGAAACUGAGGAAGAGGGAAUAGACAUUCAGGGUUCUAUGUUCGGGAUUGACAGAGAGCAAUUAGAGAAAGACUCUGAGCAGGGCAGAAAAGACGUCGGUGAGGUUAAAGAGACUGCAGACAGGGAAACAGCUGAUGAAGGUCUGCCGCCCUCCAAGGGAAGUGGAGAUGAGAGCGAGGAGGAGAGUGAGGGGCAAAAAGAGUCCCAAGAUGCAAACAACAACUCACUUGAAAUUGAGGGUAACCCAUUUACCCAGGACCGUCAGGAGGAUUUAAUCGACAUCCAAGAAGCUCAUGCACAGGCUAUGCCAGUAGAGGAGACUUACUGUUCUGAUGAGAUUGAAGUGGUUCUGGUAGACAACUCCGCCCCCGGGUCGGCAUCGGUUCGGCUGGUCGAUAGUGACACAGUCAAGAUCAUCAUCACCAUGAGCUGCGACCCUCAGACUGCUGCUCUGCUGGAGGAGAGUGUCAAGCAGAGCCUUUUAGAGAAUGCACAGGCUCAGAAAGAUGCAGGAGAGUGUCACAUCAAGAUCCCCGUCAUCACCUUCGACUCCCCUGAGAAGGAGAAGCUGGCGAUGGAAGAUGAAGGAGAGGAAGAGGACGAAGAAGCAGCUGGCUCAGAGGCCGACUCCACCCCGAAACAGCAACCAACAGCCAGCCAAAGUGAAGAGUUUCACCUGUGUAGAGAAACAUCCACCUCUGAGUUCACCACACUGGAGGGUCCGGAUCCAGAACUGGAACACCUCGGUGUGCAGAUCACUGAUGACAGCACACAGAGCCCGCAGCUGACCAAUGAUAACAGCUCGUCAGGUAUCGACAUCCACUCCCACCACGACGACACAGAUCCUCUGGACCCUAAUGUGGAUUCACAUGGUUUCCUGCGUUUGCCACCAGCUUUUGGUCGUUACGGGCCCGGAGGAAGAGCUCACAUCCGUGGCCUGAGCAUGGACAGCGGGAAAGAUGCUGUGCUGCUUUCAGACCGCUCACAUAACACAAACACCAUGACCAGUUCAAAGUCAGAUCUGGAAGCGAAGGAGGGUCAGAUUCCCAACGAAUCCAACUUCUUGGAGUUUGUUUCCCUGUUGGGGUCGCUCAGUAUCAGAGCGGGAGGGGCCAGCUCACAGGAAAGGGAGGGGCCUGAACCUAAAGAGGAAGCAGAAUCUGCAGAGGAAUGGGAAUCUCAGAAAGAAGAUAAUCUGAGUGCGACUUCCAGACAAGAGAAGACGAUAUCAGAGAGCAACACGGAAAACAAGCCAGAACGACCCAAACCACCCACCAGUCUGCCUACCGACACACUGUGGGCCAUACCACCCACACAGAUCCCAAUAGUCUCCCCUGACAGUCCACAGACGGACAGAGAGAAGGAUCCGGACUACGACUCGCUGCCUUCACAAACCUCUCAUUCAGAGAGCUCCAUGCUGCAGGUCAUCUGCAGACCAGAGGCCACCAACAAAGAAGAUGCCUACACCUUCCAUACUGUACACAGAGACCGUCCUCGUAAGCUGUACGCAGAGAGAGCUCUCAACCUGCCCCUGGGAGCAGAGCUCAUCACUGGCAACAUGUGUGACCUGCUGUCAACCUCUUCUAACUCUGAGGGUCAGGACGGGCUGGCGGGGGGUCACGCUGACUGCCCUUUCCAGAGACGCAUCAUCCCGGCACACCGGCUCCGGCCCCGGAGGACGCACCCUGAGAUAUUCCAGGAAGAGGACUCUUUGGAUGAGUCGUCAGAGACCUCCACUCAGGAGAAACCCACCAGAAAGAUUUAUUACAAACUCAAACUGUUUCCUGGGAAGUGGAUCAACAUUUUAUAUGACAGACUCACCCUGCUUGCCCUUUUGGACAGAAACCAGGAAUUUCUUGAAAAUCUAGUGGCAAUCUUCAUGGCCUUCAUGGUGUCCUUCCUGGGUUUUGUGCUCCUCAAUCACGGCUGCUUCAAAGACUUCUGGGUCUUCCAGUUCUGUCUGGUCAUCGCCAGCUGCCAGUAUUCAUUACUGAAGAGCGUUCAACCGGAUGCAGCUUCACCAACACAUGGUCACAACCAGCUGGUGGCCUACAGUCGAGCGGCUUACUUCUGCAUCUUCUGUGCUCUGAUCUGGCUGCUGGAGCAGAUCCUGAGGAGCAAAGACCUGCCCGUCUCCACCCUGUACGGAGUCACCAUCGCCUGUCACGACGCACUGGGCUUCUUACGAAACCUGCUAGUGGGUUUUACUUACUGCUUCCCACUCACCUUCCUGGUGGGCCUUUUCCCCCAGAUCAACACCUUCACCAUCUACCUGCUGGAGCAGAUCGACAUGCACUUAUUUGGAGGAACAGCUGCUACGAGUCUCGUCUCUGCGGUCUAUGGCAUCCUGCGCAGUCUGAUCGCCAUCUCUCUGCUCUACGGUUUCUGCUUCGGAGCUCUCAAGGAGCCGUGGGAUGAGCAGCACACACCAGCUCUGUUCUCUGGGUUCUGUGGCCUUCUGGUGGUCUUCUCCUACCACCUCAGCCGACAGAGCAGCGACCCCUCUGUACUAAUAUCUCUGGUCAAGUCAAAGAUAAUGCCCACUUUGGUAGAGAGUGAAGAAGAGGAGGAGGAAGACACGGAAAGUAAAGACCCGCUGCCAGAGAAACUGCAAAACUCGAUGAAGGAGAUCCUGCUGUCGGAUGUAGUCGUGUGCUCCGUUGCCUACAUCUUAACCUUCGCCCUCACUGCGAGCACCGUCUUUCUGUCUCUCAAGCCCUUUGUGACCAUCGUGCUGUACGCUCUGGCGGGGACGGUGGGGUUUGUGACCCACUACCUGAUCCCCCAGCUGAGGAAGCACCACCCCUGGCUGUGGAUCUCUCAUCCGGUUCUCAAGACUAAGGAGUACCACCAGUUUGAACCCAGAGAGGAUGCCGUGCUGAUGUGGUUCGAGCGACUGUACGUGGGGCUCCUGUGCUUUGAGAAGUACGUGGUGUAUCCGGCCAUCGUUCUGAGCGCGCUGACUAAUGACGGCUUCGCCCUCAGCCACCGCAAGAAACUUGGAAUCCACUGUGACGUGCUGCUGACGACUGUCGCUGGACUGAAACUCCUGCGUUCCUCCUUCUGCGACCCCAGCUUCCAGUUCCUCACCCUGCUCUUCACACUCGUCUUUUUCCACUUCGACUGUCCGCACGCCUCCGAGAGCUUCCUGCUGGACUUCUUCGUCAUGUCUAUUAUUUUUCACAAGAUGCGUGAGCUGUUGCUGAAGCUCCAUUUCAUCUUGGUUUACAUCGCUCCCUGGCAGAUCGCCUGGGGCAGCGCGUUCCAUGCUUUCGCUCAGCCGUUCGCUGUGCCUCGUAUCCUUUCUCUAAGACCUGUACAGUGUGUGUGUGUGUGUGUGUGUGUGUGUGUGUGUGUGUGUGUGCAUGGAACAUACUGCCAGCAGCGGGAGGUGGAGGCUAUCACGGAGGGGGUGGAGGAGGACGACUCCUGCUGCUGCUGUGAGCCCGGUCACCUGCCCCACAUGCUGUCCUGCAACGCCGCCUUCAACCUGCGCUGGCUGGCCUGGGAGGUGAUGGCCACCAAGUACCUGCUGGAGGGCUACAGCAUCAGUGAGAACAACGCCGCCACCAUGCUGCAGGUGUACGACCUCCGAAAGCUGCUCAUCACCUACUACUUGAAGUGUAUCAUCUACUACCUGAUCCAGUCUCCCAAACUCUCCACCUGGCUGAAAGACGUCCCGGUGCAGGAGGCGCUGCUGUCCUACACCAAGUGGCACCACAUCGAGCGCGACCCUCAGGUCUUUAGUGUGAAGAUCGAUGAAGACUACGUGCACUGCCUUCAGGGAGUGACGCGCGCCAGCUUCUGCAACGUCUACCUGGAGUGGAUCCAGCACUGUGCUGGGAAGAUGGAGACGCCUGUGGACAGUGAUGAAGACUCUCCUUUGGUCACUCUGUCUUACGCUCUCUCCGUCCUGGGGAGGAGAUCCCUCGGCACGGCAUCGCACAACAUGUCCAACAGUCUGGAAUCGUUUCUGUACGGUUUCAACACCCUUUUUAAAGGCGACUUCCGCAUCGCCACCAAAGACGAGUGGGUUUUUGCUGACCUUGACCUCCUGCAGAAAGUGGUGGCUCCUGCAGUCAGAAUGAGCCUCAAGCUGCAUCAGGAUCACUUCACCUGCCUGGAGGAGACCGAGGAGGCCUCCAUCUUGUACGAAGCCAUCACAAACUACCGCAGCAGCCUGGUCAUCUGCCACGAGAGCGACCCCGCCUGGCGUAAGGCGGUGCUGUCCAGCCGCGACACGCUGCUCACUCUGAGACACAUGAUCGACGACGGCACGGACGAGUAUAAGGUCAUCAUGCUGUACAAACGCCACCUCAGCUUCAAGGUCAUCAAGAUCAAUAAGGAGUGUGUGCGAGGUCUAUGGGCAGGCCAGCAGCAGGAGUUGGUGUUUUUAAGAAACCGUAACCCGGAGCGAGGCAGCAUCCAGAACUCGAAGCAGGCGCUGAGGAACAUGGUGAACUCGUCCUGCGACCAGCCGCUGGGAUACCCCAUGUAUGUGUCACCACUGACAACAUCGUACGCAGGAACACAUCGUACGCUCCGCAGCAUCGGAGGAGGCGCUUUAAGCUUGGACGCCAUACGAUCCUGGCUCUGCUCCAAAUGGUUACGGGUGCGUAAGGACAACCUGACCAGCUGUAACAGUGGUGUGAACAUGGAGGAUGUGGACUGCGGUGCUGGUGGUUCGUCAUCGCUGAGCAACAACCGGCCGUCCUCUGUCGCGUCCAACAGCCUGAGCCUCUACCAGCACAGAGCCAGGACCACACACAGCCGCAGGCACCACAACGCAGCUAGGAGAGAGCACCGCAGUCGGUCGGUGCAGCCUCAGAGUCAGCGCCCCCCCGUCACCAGCCAAUCAGGGCCCAUCCUGGACUCAGGCUCCACCCACGGCCUCGUCCAGCGUCUGUCCAACAGUCAGCUGUCCUUCAACACUUCCAUAGCCUCUAUAUUCUCACAGGUCCCCCGUCUCUCAGGAGCCGGUGGGAUCAACUCGCAAAUCCAGGCAGCGCAGCAUCAGCAGCGCAGCAGCCAGGUCUCCUCGUCUUCGUCCACUCUCAGCUUGCUGUUUGGGAAGCGUAGUUUCUCCAGCGGCCUGGUGAUCUCCGGGCUGUCCGCUGCUGAGGGGGGGAACACCACGGACACGCAGUCCUCGUCCAGCGUCAACAUCGCCAUGGGCCCCUCGCACAGGUCCGGCAGCAGAGCCACGCAGUCCUUCAGAUAA